CUUGGUGAUGCAUGGCUCGUCGUCGUCCGCAGCUGAAUCAUUGCCGCCGCCAUCGUCUAAUAAUAGUAACGCCGCCGCCGCCGUGUCGCGGCCGUUUUCACCCAUUGCAAUUGAUGCUCAUCAUUUUCCACCUCACUUUUUUUUUGGAGCUGCCUCUUCUGCUUAUCAAAUCGAAGGCGCUCACAACCAAAGGGGGAAAGGACCCAGUAUUUUGGACACUUUUUUCCAUGACUAUCCAGAGAGGACUGAGGAUGGAAGCAACGGAGAUCUUGCAGUUGAUUUUUUUCAUAAAUACGAAGAAGACAUCAAAAGAAUGAGGAGUGAACUUGGAAUGAAUGCCUUCAGACUCUCCAUUUCAUGGCCAAGAGUGAUCCCUAGUGGAAGGAUUAGCGAAGGAGUGAACGAGGAAGGUAUAGCAUUUUACAACAAGGUCAUCAAUGAAUUGAAACAAAACGGGUUGGAGCCAUUUGUGACUAUAUUCCACUAUGAUGUUCCUCAAGCACUUGAAGACAAGUACGGUGGCUUCUUGAGCGAAAGGAUUGUGUCUGACUACAAGGAUUUUGCGGAACUUUGCUUUCAACGAUUUGGACGCCAGGUGAAGCAUUGGAUCACAUUCAACGAGCCAUACCAAUUUAGUAUGGGCGGGUGGGAAAUGGGUACGUCCGCACCAGGGAGAUGCUCUUCUUGGGUGAAUCGGGCAUGCCAAGCCGGUGACUCAUCCACAGAACCUUAUAUCAUUGCCCAUAAUCUCCUCCUCGCCCACGCCCACGUUGUCAACUUAUUCAGGACUAAGUAUCAAGACAUAGAUCCAACAUCCAAGGGCAAGAUUGGGAUAACAAUGGAUGUGACGUGGAGUGUACCUCUUUCAGAUAGAUACGAUGACAUUGAAGCGGCUCAUAGGAACCUUGAUUUCACUUAUGGAUGGUUUAUGGAUCCUAUGACAUAUGGUCAAUAUCCAUGGACAAUGAGGAAGUUAGUCCCUAAACGGUUGCCAGAAUUUACAUGGGACCAAAAACAGAUGUUGAAGAACUCAUAUGAUUUUGUUGGCAUUAACUCUUACACUUCAACUUAUGCCUCUGCCAAUUUUACCCCUGACCCUAAUCCAUAUCAUAUCAGAGCUUUAACUGAUAGGCGUGUCGCUUUAUCACAAUUUAAGGAUGGGAAACCCAUUGGUGAACAGGGUACUCCAAGUUGGUUGUAUGUGUACCCACAAGGAAUCCUUGGUGUUUUAAAAUAUACCAAAGAUACGUACAAAAACCCGAUAAUAUAUAUCACCGAAAAUGGAAUCGGCGAUGCUAUCGAUCUCUCCCUAGAGGAUGCAAUCAAGGAUGCAUGGAGGAUAAACUAUCAUGAGAAACAUCUUUUGAACGUUCGUCACGCCAUUUGUGACCACAAAGUAAGGGUGGAAGGUUAUUUCGUUUGGUCAUACAUAGACAACCUGGAAUGGCAAAGCGGGUAUACCGUGAGAAUGGGUUUAUACAACGUUGAUCGCAGCACGAAGGAACUGACCAGAACUCCGAAGUGGUCGGUUAAGUGGUUCCGUAAUUUUCUGAAAAAAAUUGACAGCUCAGCUCAUGGCGGUGGAACUAUUCCCGAUGUAUGCAGAAGAUUAUAUGCAAUACGACCUGAAACUGAGCAGCAACAACCUUGCGCUAUCGCACCUGUAGCUUAUUCGAAGGUUGUUGCACACGAUGAACUUUAAAUAAUUAGUUUGGGUCGUUGGCUAUAUGUGCCAACAUAUAAUGUUAUAUGUGUUCUUGUGUUAGUUGUCCGAUAGAAGGGUAUCUGUCUGAAUAAAACACUAUCAUAAUU